GUGGAUUUAUAGCACAGAAGGGUCACAAUCAAGCAAAUCAUAUGGAAGCAUUUUUCUUAUCCAAACAAAUAUCUGAAAGAACUUCUUCUUUUUAUCCUAUCUAUUGGUUUUAUAUUGUUUUUUUGUUUUUGGAUUAAACAAUGUAAUCCACCUCUCUCACCAACUGGUAUAAAUAAGGCUUGUUGAAAUCUCAAAGUCCACCAAAGCAUACAGAUCACUUGCCACUCCUCUGCAUACUACUUUCUCUUCUUCAGUUUUCACAAAUUUAACUUCCUUUGUUGCUGUCUUCAGGCUUUUGAUAAAACUGAGCUGCAUUGCUGACCAAAACCUUUGCUAAAUCAUACAGAGCUUAUCAACCAAGAUGGACGCUGUGAGAGAUUUAGCAUCAAAGAAGGCUGCUGUGAUUUUCACAAGGAGCUCAUGCUGCAUGUGCCAUAGCAUCAAGACACUAUUUUAUGAACUGGGUGCAAGCCCUGCGAUUCAUGAGCUUGACCAUGAUGCAAAUGGGAGGGAGAUUGAGCGGGCUCUAAGGGCCCAAGGAUAUGGGUCAGUCCCCGCUGUAUUUAUUGGUGGAAGAUAUGUGGGUUCAGCAAAAGAUGUCAUUUCCCUUCAUGUUGAUGGAUCUCUGAAGCAGAUGCUCAUGGAUGCAAAAGCCAUCUGGUUCUAGCUACCUACUUACUACAAUAAACACAACCCUUGUACUACGUUGGUUCAAGUUGUAUUAAUAUGAAUUUAGUUUUUAAUACUGUGUCAAAAGCUCUGUCAUAUUUGACCUUUUGACAACAUUGUAUGGCAGAAUAUCAUAUUACUCUGUAAAAUAGCAAAGGAGUUUUGUAAUUAAUCACAGAUUUUGGUUUUAAUUA